GGAAACUGCAGCACUGUUUGCUGUUUCAGAAACACCACCUAGAAUGCAUCACAACGCUGAGCCAUUCCUAUGACUGGUUUACUAUGUACUGUACAGUACAACGCCGGGCGUAAGGUACUUACCUUUUCUGAUAUGGUGCCGACCCUCUCCAUCCAACUACACUAAAUCUGUCAGAUACGACUCCACAUUUCCUCACCUGGCGAGCCUGGGCUUCGAAGCACAAUCACGACACGACACGCUCACGAAUUGCCAGGUAUUGGAGAAAUACCCAUUAAGACGCGUCUACGAGUUACUCGUGCAAGCUCGAACCGGAUUCCUCGCCUCAUUUUCUUUCUUUCUUUCGUUCCUCCGUCCCAGAUUCCCAGUGCACCUUCGACCACCACAUGCAGCGACACGGGCAAGAUAAAAUGAGGACGAACGCUGCUAGAGAAAAUUCUAUGCGUUGUCCUGAGCUUUCCAUGUACUGGCCCACGCGGCUCAGUGCCCUCCCCGUCGGUAUCGCCACUGCCAUCGAGGUCGCCGCGCUCACGAUUCGCACGGUUAGCAGCUUGCUCGACGACCCCUAUCAAACCCUCGCUUGGGAGCACAGAAAUCCUCUCCUUGGUUUCGCCCUUCGUUGCGAUAACAGAUUCCCUUUGUCCGCCGAUUUACAGGAAAAACUGGCCAACGACAUAUGCACUGCCUUCAGAAUGGACCAGGAGGAAUUGUCACUCCAGGGGCUAAUGGAAAGCUACCUGAUGAGGAAGACAUUCUGGGACAUGCCAGACCUCAUGUUCUACAACGCUGCCUUUCGCCUUGGUCCGGAACAACCCUGGGUCCAAUCCGGGAUAGGCACGCCGGGCCAGGUUAGCAUCAUCCCUUGGCGAGGAGAGGAGGAUCUCGAGACUGCCAUCAGGAAGAGGUUCGGCCGGUCGCCCACCUAUCCCGCGGGCGAAUGGGAACUUUUUCUGGGUGCAAAGAUGCCACCGGUCUUCCGCGUUUUGUUCCAGCCCUCCAGGAUUCGCGAGUUCGCGGACAUUCAAUGGCCGCUCGUUGUCGGUCCUUCUCUGAAGACGGAGCAAGAGUCGGGGAAAUAUGGAGCUUGCAGGACAAGUCGAAGCACAAUAUGUGCUUAUUGGAAUGAUUCGUCAUCGGACAACUCCGGACGAACUAGACCUUGCCAGAUUCUACGAUAGGGCAGGCCUUUACGUCGCCCCUCCCAUAGUGAAUGGCAAAUACAUGCCGCCUCCCUACGUCUCGGACCACUGGUCAGUUGGCGAUCCGGGGCCGACAUAUAAUACACUGCUCUACGCCACUGCAGCCACGCCACCACAGCCGUCCACAGACCGCAUAUACGGGGAAGUGCUCCCGUCGUCAAGCGCGCUGAGAACGCGAAAUUACUCAGCGAACACAAACUGCUACUAGCAAUGAGGCUUCCCCAACCCAUGCCUGAAUUGUUCGACGGAUGAUCCCAUCACCCACACUAGUUGUCGACACCGGUGGAGGUAUCGGAAUUGGAACAUGAUACCGAGUCGAAGUAAUGACAGUUCAGAUGACAAUAUUUCACCUCUGUUGAAUAACCAAGGCCAUGGGACACGAAGUUCAAGUUUGUAAUAGCCUUAAGGAGCUACCUUAAG